AAAUACAUAUGACUGGGGAAAUUAAAUAUCGGAUUCCUUUUCAUUUUGCUGUGUAAAUUAUGGGUGUACAAUUUUUUAAAGUUUGAAACGACUGGUGAAUAAGUGUAGUUUAAGAUGUGCGCUCGUUCGAUUACAACAUGUUUUCGACAGUGGAGACUGUGGAUUAGACCUUUCUUAAUUGCCCUUUAUGUUAUACUAAUAGUGAUCUUGGUACCGUUACUUAUUGUGCAUUCGUUAAAUAAUAAGUCUAAUAAAAGUGUUCAAGCUGAAUUAAUCGGUGGAGGCUUUGUGUUGUUAGCAUUGCCUAUAUCCAUUUGGCAAAUAACACAACAUGUAGUACAUUACACAAAACCAUAUUUACAAAAACACAUAAUUAGAGUUUUAUGGAUGGUACCAAUUUAUGCAUUAAAUGCAUGGAUAGGUCUUAUGUUUCCUGAGCAAUCCAUAUAUGUUGAUUCAUUAAGAGAAUGUUAUGAAGCCUAUGUCAUAUAUAAUUUUAUGAAGUACUUGCUUAAUUAUUUGAAUGAAGAUCAUGACUUGGAAGCUGUUCUAGAAUCCAAGCCACAGGUUUACCAUAUAUUUCCAUUAUGUUGUUUGACACCAUGGGAAAUGGGUAGAGAAUUUGUUCACAAUUGCAAACAUGGAAUUCUACAGUAUACUGUGGUGAGGCCAAUAACUACAGUUAUAUCAAUGAUCUGUGAAUUGAAUGGGGUUUAUGGGGAAAGUGACUUUAGUCCAAAAGUUGCCUUUCCAUACAUGAUAGCCAUAAAUAAUUUUUCACAAUUUGUGGCCAUGUAUUGCUUGGUUUUAUUUUAUAAAGCCAACAGAGCUGAGUUGAAGCCAAUGAAACCUAUUGGAAAGUUUCUGUGCAUCAAAGCUGUGGUUUUCUUUUCAUUUUUUCAAGGAGUGAUAAUCAACAUUUUAGUAUAUUGUGGAGUGAUAUCUAAUAUAUUUAAUAUAUCAGAUCCUGGUAAAGAAAAAAUCAUGUCUUCAAUUUUGCAGGAUUUCUUAAUAUGCAUAGAGAUGUUUCUGGCAGCUAUUGCUCAUCACUACAGUUUUUCAUAUAAACAAUUUGUAUCACGGGAAAGCCCUUCCUCAUCAUGUUUUGGCUCCUUCCUUGCAAUGUGGGAUGUGUCAGAUGUUAAAAGGGAUAUUUCAGAACAUCUUGGUGUUGUUGGAAGCUCUUUUAGCAGGAGACUGAGGGGUAAAUAUAUGUAUCACAUGCCGCGAGGAUAUGAUGAAAGUUCACGGCUGGUGACCGAGCCUGUUCCUUCCAGCUCCACACCGAAUGCGACUGAGGAGGCCGACGCUUCGCCUGUCGAAAUAAGACCGACUACCUAUGGUUCUAUUGAAACAACAGUUUCAAAUUCUGAUACUGAACCUUUAAUGGGUGACAGACACGAUAGUAUAGAAAUUGACCCUAAAGUAUGAACGAAGAUUAGCUGUUAUUGGAAUAAAUAUCUUUAGUAUGUUGCAGCCAACUGGUUAAAAAACCAUAUUGCACGGCUAGUCUUUUUGAUUGAAUGGCGUCAAGC